AUGUUCAUUUGUUCUGCCGUGUAUUUUCUGUUUCGAAAUCCUGCAAUCAAACGCAAUGGGCGAACGUUGAGACGUCCUCCCAACACCCUACCACUUGUUGGAAACGGUAUCCUGUUUUUACAGGCGCGCCAUAAGCUAUUUUCCUGGUUCGUAAAAUGCGAGCGGCAAUUCGGAUUCGAAACGUUCCAAAUAGCAGUCCCAUCUCUACCUCCGGGAGUGGUGAUCAACGAUCCGAAGAAUCUCGAGUAUGUUUUCAAGAACGAGGGGAUAUUCGCCAAAGGGAACUUCUUCAAAAGACGGUCAUGGGAUCUCUUUGGAAAUGGCAUCAUCAAUGCGGACGGUGAGCUUUGGAGAGUCCAGCGAAAAGCCGGUCUCCAUUUUCUGAACAACGCCAAUUUGAAAGUCUUGACGGAUAUAGCUCUUCCGGCCUACCUCAAAGAGACGGUGAAAAGCCUUAAAGAUGUUGGAAGUGGAAGCACGAUCGAUUUGGAGGAAGUUCUUCACGAACUAACCACGCAAAUUAUGGGCAAAAUGGCGUACGAUAUGGAUAUUCAUAACUCGGAUUCCUUCUCCCAGGCCUUUGACUAUGCCUCAGGCGCCACUGGUGAGCGCUUCCAAAACCCACUAUGGCAGAUGACAGAAAUUUUCCUUGGAGCAGAGUUCAGGAAAUCUGUCUAUAGAGUCAAAGAAUUUGGUUCCAGGAUUGUUGCCAAUGCUAUCCGAACCAGAAAGAGCAAAGAAAACGAGGUCGAAACCGAGAAAGGUCAUUUGGCCUUGGCAUCUAUGUCUGGAAGCUUGAUCAAUUCUUUACUGGAUUCGAUCGAUGACCAAGACAUGGUUGCGGAUGCUGCCCUGAACUAUCUCUCCGCUGGGAGAGAUACGACGGCCCAAGCACUGACGUGGACUUUCUAUCUUCUCAUGCGAAAUCCCACGAAAGCCGAGACGAUCAGACGCGAGGUUAUGCAGCUGAUUGAGAUUUACGUUUCGAAAGAGCCAGAUACACCCAGUUGCAUUGACCAAGAUAUUGACACCAACAUUUUUCGACCAACAUCCCUCCCGUAUGUCACCGCUACAUUUUACGAGGCGUUGAGGUUGUACCCCCCUGUGCCGUUCGAACUCAAGCAAUGCGAGAAAAAUACGACACUCCCAGACGGCACCUUUCUACCAAAGUCGUCCAUUCUGCUGUGGUGUAAUUGGGCUAUGAAUAGAUCUAAGCUGAUCUGGGGUGAAGAUUCCGAAGAGUUCAAACCCGAAAGAUGGUUGGUAGACGGGGUUCUAGUAUCAAAAACCGCGUUCGAAUACCCUGUUUUCAACGGCGGUCCACGCACAUGCUUGGGGAAAUCGAUGGCGGUUGCGGUUGCUGUACAGGUGAUUGCUACUCUGCAAAUCAAGUUAGACAUCGAGCUCGCCGAAGACAGGGAGAGGAUCAGCAAGAAUAGCCUCACGCUGCCAAUGGAAGGAGGUCUUCCUUGCCGCGUGAGGUCGCGAAACCAAGCUGUUUCGGGAUGA